AUGAGCACAUCAAUGUUUAACUUUGGUCACUUGACUGUAACUGAGCGUUCAUGUUUUGGGUGUUAUUCCCACGAAGCGUCGGCAGGGAGCAGCAAGCUCAGUCUCUCUUACUGUUUCUGCCUGUUUUUGAAUGGGAUAGUGAUCUGUUACAAUAGUUUAAAGGACAGGACGAGCCGAGGCACUUCCACAGAUUGUUUUUCACUUGAUGUCAUGUCUCUGUACCGGAAUACAGUCUGGUUUUUGACCGGGAUCCACCAAUUUACAAGGAAGGGAUAUGAAGCGGCAGCGACACACUUUGAGCCCCAAGACCUGAACGUGUCGGUUGUGGGGAGGUCUUUUAUGAUCACCGGAGCAAACAGUGGAAUUGGCAAAGCAACAGCCAUGGCUAUAGCAAAGAGAGGUGGGACCGUCCACAUGGUGUGCAGGAACAGUGAUAAAGCAGAGGAGGCAAGGGAGGACAUCAUCCAUGAGUCUGGGAAUACAGAAGUGCAUGUCCAUAUUUUGGACAUGUCAGAGACUGGCAAAGUCUGGGAAUUUGGAGAGGCCUUCAAGAUGCAGUACCCAUCCUUGAAUGUGUUGAUAAACAAUGCGGGGUGCAUGGUUCACAAGAGGGAGCUGACUACGGAGGGACUUGAGAAGAACUUCGCUACUAACACGAUGGGGACGUACAUCCUCACCCAAACUCUGAUACCACUUCUAGAGAAGAGCCGAGAUCCUAGAGUGAUCACUGUGUCAUCAGGAGGCAUGCUGGUCCAGAAGCUCAGAGUCGAUGACUUGCAGUCAGAGAAGGCCCACUUUGAUGGCGUCAUGGCCUAUGCCCAGAACAAGAGACAGCAGGUGGUGCUGACACGACAGUGGGCUAAAGCCAAUCCCAACAUUCACUUCUCUGUGAUGCAUCCAGGCUGGGUGGAUACACCAGCUGUUGCCUCUUCCAUGCCUCAGUUCCACAAGAUGAUGGGGGAUAGGCUUCGUAGUGUCGAGCAGGGAGCGGACACGGUGGUGUGGCUGGCUUUAUGUCGAGCCUCUGCCCGAUCACGCAGCGGGCAGUUCUUUCAAGAUCGUUGCCCGAUUCCUGCCCACCUGCGUCUGGCCUGGACUCGCAGUUCUGCUGAAGCGAUUCAAAGUUUCAUGAGUCAGCUGGAAACGUUGGCCAAAGACAUUCUGUCGAAAGCUGAGGAAGAGCACAGAUCCAUGAGCUCCUUCAGACCACAGUACGACUGAAAAAUGACAGCAAAUGGUUCAUUCAGGUAGCCUAUUCGUUUGAACUCAUCAAUUUCUGUUGAGAAAUGUGUGACAUUUGUAGAAUGUGCCUUUUUGUCAUUUUAUUGGGAAGAUAGGACAGUGGAUAAAGUCAAAAAUUGGAGAGUUGAGAAUGACAUAGGAAAGUAGCUGGAGGUUGGAUUAGAACCUGGGCCGCCCCUUUCGAGGAC